UAUGUGCGUGUGCCCCCGCCCCGGUUCAGCCCCGUUCCCGUCCCGCGGCCACCCGAGCAGGAGCGAGGGGACCAGCGGGAACCCCGGGACCGAGCAGGAGCAGAGGGAUCCCCGGGAAUAGCCGGGACCGAGCCGGGGCAGCGGGAUCCCCGGGACCGAUCAGGAGAGAGGGGACCCCCGGGACCACCGGGACCCCCGGGACCGAGCAGGAGCGAGGGGAUCCCCGGGAACAGCCGGGACCGAGCAAGAGCAGCGGGACCCCCGGGAUCCCUGGGCUACGGACAGCAUGGCGCAGUGGCAGGAGGUGCAGAACCUGGCCAACACCUACCUGGAGCAGGUGCACCAGCUGUACGCGGGCUCGGCGCUGCCCAUGGCCGUGCGCCAGUGCUUGGCCGCCUGGAUCGAGGGCCAGAACUGGCGCCAGGCGGCCGAGCCGCUCUCGUCCCACGCUCGGAUGCUGUUCCACUCCUUACUGGUGUUACUGGGAGAGAGCCUGGGCAGCCUGGGCUCGGGCCACGAGGAUUUCAUGCUGAAGCACAACCUGCGCAAAGCCCACCGCGACCUCCAGUCCUGCCAUGCCAGUGCCACCCGCGGUGUCCCCAACCCUGCCACCCCCUGUGUCCCCCCCAUCCCCCCUGACCCCGUUCCCGUCCCAGGCGAGGAUCGAACCCGUGACCCUCAGCACGCGCGGCAGCUCCAAGCGCUCCAAUCCAAACUGCAGAGCCUGGACCGGCAGCGGCGGGAGGUUCUGGCGCAGCUGCAGCAGCUUUUGGGGCGCAGCGAGACCCUCGGGGAGCUGCUGCAGGAGGAGUUGGGGCGCUGGAGGGAGCGACAGCGGCGACAUUGCCUGGGCGGGCCCGGYGACAGCGACCUGCGCCCGCUGGAGACCUGCACCCCCGAUAACGAUCGCGACAAUGAUCCUGAUAACUAUGGCGAUAACGCCUCCGAUAACGAUCGCGAUAACUCCCCUGAUAACUAUCACGAUAACGCCCCCGAUAAUACUCCCGAUAACUAUC